AUGCCACUUUUUGGCUGGAUGAAAUGGCCAAAAAAUGAUUCCUACAAGCCCACACACUGCCCUGGCUCAGAUGUAGUGACAAAGACUCUACUUCGAGAAUUAAAAUGGCAUCUGAAAGAGCGUGAAAGAUUAAUACAAGAGAUUGAAAACGAACAAAAAGUGAAAAAAACAGGUGUGGAUUAUAACUGGCUGAGAAACUACCAGAAUUCCCAUAUGACUAUCCCGGCUCCUGAACAAAGACAACUUGAAGUUCUUUGCUCACAAGUUCAACCUUGCCAAACUGGAACUAUUCUCAGCAGAUUCCGAGAACUCUUGGCAGAAAAUGAUGUCCUGCCAUGGGAAAUAGUCUACAUCUUCAAGCAAGUUCUGAAAGACUUCCUGAGUGGCAGUGACAAAGAUGAGCGAGAAGGCCCAGAGGGGUCGAGGCUGACUGAAGAUGCUGUCCAUCCUGCCGGCCGAGGGGCAGGGCUCAAGGGCUCAGAAAAAGAAGAGAUACCCACCAUUUCCAGUUACGUAGACAAAACCACACACAACAGGUUUCCCACGUUUUCACACAGGAUAUGGAACCUACCCUAUUACCACCCAUCCAGUUAA